CGCGUGAUGUCCUGCGGGGUCUGGCGGCUCACCUGCCCGGUGUUUGCAGUGCUGAUAAAUUCCGUAGGCUCAGAGCAGUGCGCGGCUGCCCUGUUUGUGUCUGCUCACACCUGAGAAGCACAUGACUGAUAGGGAGAGCUGGCAGGGAGCGUUACAGACAUAGAGCUAAAGCGACUGAAAGAUGCUUUUAAGAGAACUUGUGGACUCUCGUAUUAUAUGACCCAACAGUGCUUCAUCAGGGAAGUUCUUGGUGAUGGAGUCCCUCCAAAAGUUGCUGAGGUUAUCUACUGUUCAUUUGGAGGAAUAUCUAAAGGGCUGCACUUCAAUAACUUGAUAGUUGGAUUAGUUCUACUCACUAGAGGCAAAGAGGAGGAGAAAACAAAAUACAUUUUCAGUCUCUUUUCUAAUGAAUCUGGGAGUUAUGUGGUUCGUGAUGAGAUGGAGAAGAUGCUGCAUGUUGUUGAUGGGAAAGUCCCAGAGUCUCUCAAGAAAUGUUUCUCUGAGGGUGAAAAGGUAAACUAUGAGAAGUUCAGGAUUUGGCUGUUGCACAACAAAGAUGCUUUCACGUUUUCCCGUUGGCUGCUGUCUGGAGGUGUGUAUGUGACACUCACUGAUGACAGUGACACUCCGACCUUCUAUCAAACCCUGGCUGGAGUCACACACUUGGAAGAAUCUGACAUCAUUGAUCUUGAGAAGCGAUACUGGCUGCUAAAAGCUCAAUCAAGAACUGGACGCUUUGAUUUAGAAACAUUUGCUCCCUUGGUUUCCCCUCCUAUUCAUCCAUCUCUGAGUGAAGGUUUGUUUAAUGCCUUUGAUGAAAACCGAGACAAUCACAUAGAUUUUAAAGAAAUUUCCUGUGGGCUCUCAGCAUGUUGCAGGGGACCCCUGGCAGAAAGGCAGAAGUUUUGCUUCAAGGUUUUUGACAUUGACCGGGAUGGUGUGCUGUCUCGCACAGAGCUUAAAGAAAUGGUGGUUGCACUUUUAGAGGUCUGGAAAGAUAACCGUACUGAUAAAAUACCUGAGUUGGACAUGGAUUUGUCUGAAAUUGUGGAAGAUAUUUUGAAUAUGCAUGACAACACAAAGCUUGGACACCUCACUCUGGAGGACUACCAGAUAUGGAGUGUGAAGAGUGCUCUUGCCAAUGAGUUUUUAAAUCUACUUUUUCAGGUAUGUCAUAUAGUUUUGGGGCUGCGACCUGCCACUCCAGAAGAGGAAGGACAGAUCAUUAGAGGCUGGCUAGAAAGGGAAAGCAGAUAUGGCCUUCAGCCAGGGCACAACUGGUUUCUUAUUGCAAUGCCGUGGUGGCACCAGUGGAAAGAAUAUGUCAAAUAUGAUGCAAACCCUGUUGUGAUAGAGCCUUCAUCUGUCUUGAGUGGAGGUAAGAAUUCACUCAUAGCUGCUGCAGCCAAUACUUCAGAACAGGGAGAAGACAAAAUGGGAGGUCUUAAUUACUUCAGUGCAACAGAAGAAAAGUUUUCAGAUAAUAUUUCUACUGCAUCAGAAGCCUCAGAGUCUACUAGCAGCAAUGCUCUUUAUCCCAGCACACCAGGGACGGAUGUGUGUUUUGCUAGGCAGCAUAACACUUCGGACAAUAAUAAUCAGUGUUUCCUUGGAACCAAUGGGAAUACUUUGCUCCAGCUCAAUCCUCAGAAACCAGGAGCUAUUGAUAACCAACCUCUUGUAACACAAGAACCAGUGAAGGCUGCAUCGUUAACAAUGGAGGGUGGAAGAUUAAAGCGAUCGCCGCAGCUGGUGGAAGGAAGGGACUAUGUCAUGGUCCCAGAACCAGUUUGGAGAGCACUUUACCACUGGUAUGGAGCAAACCUGUCCCUGCCCAGGCCGGUGAUCAAAAACAGCAAGACAGAUGUGCCUGAACUGGAGUUAUUUCCUCGCUAUCUGCUCUUUCUGAGACAGCAGCCUGCCACGCGAACGCAGCAGUCAAACAUCUGGGUGAAUAUGGGUAUGAUGAGCCUGAGAAUGUUUCCUCAGCAUUUACCUAGAGGAAAUGUACCUUCACCGAAUGCUCCUUUAAAAAGAGUGCUGGCUUACACUGGCUGCUUCAGUCGAAUGCAAACAAUUAAAGAGAUACAUGAAUAUCUCUCUCAGAGGCUGCGUAUAAAGGAGGAAGAUAUGCGCCUCUGGUUGUACAACAGUGAGAAUUACCUUACUUUGCUGGAUGAUGAAGACCACAGACUGGAAUAUCUUAAAAUCCAAGAUGAACAGCAUCUAGUAAUAGAAGUUCGAAACAAAGACAUGAGCUGGCCUGAAGAGAUGUCUUUUAUAGCAAACAGCAGUAAAAUAGACAGACAUAAAGUUCCUACUGAGAAGGGUGCUACUGGAUUAAGCAAUCUGGGUAACACAUGUUUCAUGAACUCCAGUAUCCAGUGUGUCAGUAAUACGCAACCUCUGACACGGUAUUUCAUCUCAGGAAGACAUCUUUAUGAACUUAACAGGACAAAUCCAAUAGGAAUGAAAGGACACAUGGCCAAAUGCUACGGGGAUUUAGUUCAGGAGCUGUGGAGUGGGACUCAGAAGAAUAUAGCACCACUGAAGUUGCGGUGGACAAUAGCAAAAUACGCUCCAAGGUUUAAUGGCUUUCAACAGCAAGACUCGCAGGAGCUUCUGGCUUUCCUUUUGGAUGGUCUUCAUGAGGAUUUGAAUAGAGUUCAUGAUAAGCCAUAUGUUGAACUGAAAGAUAGCGAUGGUCGGCCAGACUGGGAAGUAGCAGCUGAGGCCUGGGAAAACCAUCUGAGAAGAAACAGAUCAAUUGUUGUAGAUUUAUUUCAUGGGCAGCUGAAAUCACAAGUUAAAUGUAAAACUUGUGGACACAUAAGCGUUAGGUUUGACCCUUUCAAUUUUUUAUCCUUGCCUUUGCCCAUGGAUAGCUACAUGCACCUAGAAAUUACAGUAAUCAAGUUGGAUGGCACUACUCCCGUUCGAUACGGCCUGAGAUUGAACAUGGAUGAGAAAUAUACGGGUUUGAAAAAACAGUUAAGUGAACUCUGUGGGCUAAAGCCAGAACAGAUCCUACUUGCAGAAGUGCACAGUUCCAAUAUAAAGAAUUUUCCUCAGGACAACCAGAAAGUCCGGUUAUCAGUGAGCGGGUUUUUGUGUGCAUUUGAAAUACCAGUUCCAGGAUCACCUACAUCAGCAUCAAGUCCUGUGCAGUCAGAUAUCUCAACUGGAUCAUCAGCUAAUGGAGCACCUAACAUAAUGAUGAAUGGGGACCUUCCCAAACCAACCCUGAUUCCAAAUGGAAUGCCAAAUACUGUUGUGCCAUGUGGAACAGAACGUAGCCUUGCCAACUGGACUCUCAAUGGUCACGUGCCUGUGCUUUCUGAUAGUCCAUGUACAGGGUACAUAAUUGCAGUCCACAGAAAAAUGAUGCGGACAGAACUGUACUUUCUUUCAUCUCAGAAGAAUCGUCCCAGUCUCUUUGGAAUGCCACUGAUUGUUCCCUGCACUGUUCACACACGGAAGAAGGAUCUGUAUGAUGCAGUAUGGAUUCAGGUUUCCAGGCUUGCCAGCCCCCUCCCCCCUCAAGAAGCUAGUAAUCAUGCACAAGACUGUGAUGACAGCAUGGGAUAUCAGUAUCCAUUCACCCUAAGAGUGGUUCAGAAGGAUGGAAAUUCUUGUGCUUGGUGUCCGUGGUACAGAUUUUGUCGUGGCUGUAAAAUUGAGUGCACAGAGGAUAGAGCUUCUGUUGGGAAUGCUUACAUUGCUGUAGACUGGGAUCCAACAGCACUCCAUCUGCGCUACCAGACAUCCCAGGAACGGAUUGUAGAAGAGCAUGAAAGUGUUGAACAAAGCCGCCGAGCUCAAGCAGAGCCCAUCAACCUGGAUAGUUGUCUUAGAGCCUUCACCAGUGAAGAAGAACUGGGUGAAGAUGAGAUGUACUACUGUUCCAAAUGCAAGACCCAUUGUUUGGCUACAAAAAAACUGGAUCUUUGGAGGCUUCCUCCCAUUUUGAUCAUUCACCUGAAAAGAUUUCAGUUUGUAAAUGGCCGCUGGAUAAAAUCUCAGAAAAUUGUUAAAUUUCCCCGAGAAAAUUUUGACCCAAGUGCCUUUUUGGUACAAAGGGAUCCAAGUCAUUUUCAGAGAAAACAAUUAAUUCCUCAAAUUGACGAAAUUCCUGAAGCACGGAUUCUUCAAGGGGAUGCUAAAAAAAUAGAUCUGCAGAUCACUUGUUCAACAGAAGGAGAUGUGAACAGAAGUCCAUCAUCCCUUAACACUGCUAAUGUCAUGAAUAAUAUCAAAGCAUCUCCAUCUCUGGGAAGGAAGAGUGGAACCAGCUGUCCUUCGAGUAAGAACAGUAGCCCAAACAGUAGCCCAAGGACUUUAGGAAGAGGCAAAGGGCGCCUGCGGCUACCGCAACUGGGGAAAAACAAACUGUCAAGUAGCAAAGAAAACUUGGAUGGAAGUAAAGAAAACUGCACUGACCAGGAACAGAAAAUUGCUUCUGAUCGAAGUGAUGCUUUUACAAGGGGGCAGAAUUUGGGUGGUAGUCAGAAUGAACUGUAUACUGAACUGUAUACUGCUCAGGACAGUGAGGUAACUCUAGCCAACGGAUACAUCUGUGAGCAGAACGCGUAUAGCAACGGUAGUAUCAACGGCCAGAUUGAUAGCCACAGCGAGGAGGAUAUUGCAGAUGACCAAAGAGAAGAAGUUUGUGUUAACCCUAUUUACAACCUAUAUGCAAUUUCGUGCCAUUCAGGAAUUAUGGGAGGGGGUCACUAUGUCACUUAUGCCAAAAACCCAAACAACAAGUGGUACUGCUACAAUGACAGCAGCUGUAAGGAAUUGCAUCCUGAUGAAAUUGACACCGACUCUGCCUACAUUCUUUUCUAUGAGCAGCAGGGGGUAGACUAUGCACAAUUUCUGCCAAAGAUUGAUGGCAAGAAGAUGGCAGACACAAGCAGCAUGGAUGAAGACUUUGAGUCAGAUUAUAAGAAGUACUGUGUUCUGCAGUAAGAGGAUGGUCUUCAACAGGCAGUUUGAUGAGUAUGAGGGAUAACACCCUGAAACUUACAUUUGGCAAAAUGUUAUUGGGACAGAUAAGCUAAGUGUAGUUAUUGUACCCUGUGAUCUGAAAGCACAAAAAGAAAACCCUAACUAAACAGCAGUUAAUAUAGAGAUAGUAUUGUUUCGUUCUGUUGUCUCACUACAUGCUCUAAAUGUUUCUGAUGUUAAGACAUCAGGCUGAGACUGCCAUUGGCCUUUAAAUAAAAUGGUUUGAGAAAAGCCGACAAGGACCAAAUAAGAGCUAAAUUUAAUAGUCCAAAUAAGAGCUAAGCAAAGUAGUGUAGAGUUCAUCACCUAUUCUAACGACCCCCUACAUUUCUCCUUAGAUUUAAAAUAUGGGGAAAAAAUGUAGUGUUGUCUUUGGACAACAUGAUGUUGCUACCUCCUUUUUCCUGCAGUUUUAUUGCAUUUUACUGGCAAAAUGGGGAAAGAAAGAGAAUGGAAAGUAGACAAAUUUAAAGAAUGAACACCAGAAGUAGGAAAGCUUUCCAGUUUUGCCACCACUAAUGUAUCAGUUGCUUUCUUUCUGUAUGUUGGGAGCACAACCAAAUCCUAAUUUGGAAAGAGAUUAAUUUCUACACUUGAAUGGUUUAUUUUACCUGUGUUUUCUCCACGUGUUGGCUGUGCAGAUCAACAUGUUUCAGGAAUGGCUUUUCUGCCUGAGAAGUGCUAUCUUAAGCUUUUGAGAUGCCUCGAGAAGAAACUUCAGGUUGAAGAGAGUAGCGGUGAUUGCACGCGCGGUGUCUUAAAAUGUGCACAUUGCACAAGAUGUUCCCAGCUUUUGGAAGGAAAGAUGCUUGAGCUUACGUUUCAUGACUGGUGUUGCUUUUAAGUUUGCACUUUUAAAAAAAAAUUCAUAUAAUUCAAAAACAGUUUGUUUUUGUUGUUGUAAGGGCUCUGGAGUGAAUGGCUGUGAAUUAACCCACUGUGUAUUUCAAACCAAUCAGAAGCUGUGGUUGUCAGGUAGCUAUCGUAGCAUUCAUGGGUUUUUAUUUUUUUUUUAUCGAUUUCUUAAUUUAAGAAGGUUUCUUUCUUUCAAAAUUCGGUUGCCUUUUGGAAUCUUCUGUUUUGCAACAGGUUAUGCAUAUACUUACAAUUAAAACAGUUUUCGUACCCUCGCAAGAUGCUCUUUUGAGUUAAUGGGCUUAUUGCAUUGAAGGAGAGAAUGAGCAAGUCUUGGCAGAGAGCAGAAAAAAGAUGGUUAUUUUUUGAAUAGGCAUUUCUUGAAACAUUUUCAGUGUUAAAGCGUUAGCAUGUGUAAAUGAAAUGUUUCACACUUUCACCCCUUUGUUCUUCAGCUGAAUCUAAGAUCUUGCCGAUUUUGUCACGUGUCAUCUUCCAAAUUAUCUGGAUUUUCUAUUCUCACUAACAGUUGAUAUUUACCUUGCUGAUUUCUGAAAUAAAUUUUAGGCUUCUUUUUAAUGUGUUUUACAAGAAUGCCAAGCCUACCAGUAAGUGUUCAAUUUUCAGAAGGAUCUGGGUUUUAUCUAUUUAAGAAAUUAUAUCAGCUGAUCUUGCUGUCUGCGUUCAAGCUAAAACCUCCCAGUCUGCGGAGGCCAUGCCGCUGUCAGGGCAGCAGAUCAGUUCCAAAAUAAGUAUUGUCUUACUUGUGAAGUGUUGCUCCCUGUCCCAUAUGCUCUUUUAUCUCUAAAGUGAUCUGAACAUUGAGACUGAAGAAAAAUUGUGAACGUCUAAGUUAGAAGCUUUUUUCGGUUCCCAUUUGUCUAUUCCUCCCUUCCCAAACUCCAUGAAAAGUGAAAGAUUUUUCAACUGAUUUACUUGGAAAUGUUUUAUUUAAGCAGGUAGCACAAUCUACUAAUGUUAUUUGAUCUUCUGUGUUUGUUACAUUGGUUGUAAUUAAUUUUUUUUAAAUUAAAUUAAUUCAUGAUUUAGUAGUAAAUUUAUUAAGUUAACUAUUAACUACAUUCACUUUGUAAAUUAUUGUAUAAAGCUUAUUGACAAUGCACUGACUUUAGAAAGAUGUUAAUGUACAUAAAUACCUUGUAAAUAAAAUAGUGUUGAUGUACUGGAA